AUGUACUACAACGACCAGUAGAAGCAGGAGUAGAGGAGGAUUAAUUUAGACUUGAAUGAGAGUGCUUUAAGGACAGAAAUAACUCCUGAGGGUGUGUUUCAACAAUUUUAUUCUUCGGAAUUGGAUCAAAUAAUUUACAGGAAGGAGUUCUAGAAUCCAAAAUAUCUGUAAGAGAUUUCAUUAGAUGGAACAAAGUUUAAGUAUUAGAAUGAGCAAUUUGAUUAUUCAUUUCCACUUUAAUCAUAGACGUUGUAUUAUUAGCCGAAACUCAAGGACAUAUUUGAAUUUGAGGUAUUCCCUCAUACAAAACCCAAUCCAAAGUGUUUGGCAGUAUAAAAAAAUAAGAUUGCAAUAGCUUAUGCAGAAUUUUUAUAAAUAUGGAAUAAGAAGAAAGAGAAGGAGUAUAUACUUCCAUUAGGUGAGAUAUCGUGCAUGGAAUUUAGUAAGGAUGGUAAUUUGUUAUUUUGUGGUUAAAAUAAGGCCAUUUUGUUGAUCGAUAGCAACAAAGGAAUUUUGGUGUAAGCAUUUCCAAAUAUUCAUAUACAGAGAAUAAUAGUAAUACGGUGCAUAUGGAAAAACAAAGAGGAAUAGUUUGUAACAACAUCAAUAGACGCUUCUGGAUAAUCCUUGUUGAUUAAUUUUACAAAGGGCAUAUUCAGUUAUUCAAUAGAUGAAUGGGAAUUGCUCGACACAAUGUAAUUUCCUACAGGAUCAAUGAAGUAUAUUUAAAUGACUGAGAAUCGUAUCUUAAUUGGGAUCAAUAGCAUUUAAUUUUUUUGGGUUGUUUAUGUUGAAAUCAUGAGUACAAAGGAGAUUACAUUUAAGUUAGUAUAUGAAUUCAAGAAUCCAAGGAAGGUAAGAGAUUCACAAAUAUUUAAAACAUCUUGCGCCAUAGGGAGAGGUCUGGUGAGAAUCAAGGAUCAAUUGAGUAGGAGGUAUGUGAUGGCAUUUGUUUGGGAUAACAAAUUGCAUCACUUGGUUUUGGAGAAUGACAGAUAAAUUGAAAUGGGUUCAUCUAUAUUUCAUAGAUCCUAAUACAUCAAUGUAGGGAGUUUAGUUUAUGAAUGUGACUUUUUGAAGGAUUCUCUGUAUUUGUUGUACUCUGACAAAGGAAUUAUAAUUAUGAAUACUCUGCAUAUUGAUAUGAAUUAAUCAGAACAGCAGUUGAGUUCAAUCAAGCAUUAAUAUUUUGAUAAUCCAGGAUUCAGACCUACAGGAUAUUAAUUCAGAAGGUGUAAGACAUUAAUGAAAAAAGUCACUCAGCAGUAUGUUAAAUUGAAGUUAUACAAUGAUCCCAUUUGCAAUUACAGUCAACAAUUUUCGCAUUAGAAUGCUCUUUUUAAUGAUAGGUGUGUUCAGAGUAGUUUGGUUGGACAGGGGAAGAUAGUAAAGCACUUGAUUCAAGAGGAGGAGUGGCUGUAUUGCAUGAAUUAUGUGUUGAGUUUGUACUUGGGAUUUAAUGAAUAUUAUAGUGAGUUCAUAGAAUUGAAUAAGGAUGAGAGAUAUUCAUUGAUAAAACACAGUGUGGAAGAUCUGUCAUUGAAAUAUAUAAAGAUUUGUGUGCAAUUAAUUUAAACCAAUAUUUCAGCCAUGCAGGAUGCUAGUAAAUAUAAAUUGCAAGAAUUGAAGAUGACUAAUCAGAUUAUGUUAUCAAUAUUGAUUGAGUUUUUGUUGAAAUGUGAUUCAUACGAUUUGUUAUUUGAAAAGAUCAUGAAUGAUGUAAAUCAGAGUCUCAAAGACAAUCAUCAGUUUUUCUUAUAUUGUUUAUAACCCUUUUAUUAGUAGAAGUUUGUUAAAAGGAUACCUGUGAGUAUGCUGAAUAAAAUUAUAGAGAUUUACAUGAAUGAGAAGCGAUUAGAUUUGAUUUAGAUGAUGAUUUAAUCUUUGGAUCAUAAGAUUAUAAAGUCUGACCAAUUAAUCAAGAUUUGUUUGAAGUAUGGAUUAAUGAAGAGUUUGGCAAUCAUUUGUUUUCAAGGGGAUAUGGAAUAGUAUUUGACUCCGAUUUUGAAGAUUUGGUCAGUCAUUUUGACGAUGAUAGAGAAGGCACAGUUUGAGACUUGCAUUUAUUAUGCCUGUAGAGCAUUGGCUAUUAUGAAAAUGAUAUUUAUCAAUAAUGAUGCUUUGGGGGAUAUGAUGGAGGAGAAGAAGCAGGUCGAGAUAAAAAAGUAAUUAGUGAAUUGGUUGUUGAAUGAUUAGACGAUAGAGAAGUUGAUGACCCUGUAAACAAUAUCCACAUUUGAGGUGUUGUUGAAGGUUUUGGAGUACCAAAAGAAAUAUGAUAAUAGUAAUUUCAGUAGAACGAUGUUGAUCAUAAGCAAGGUGAUAAGUGUCAUACAAGCAGGAGAGAAUGAGUUUUAAAAAUCAUUUUAAUAAUUUCACAAACAAGAGAGCUUCUUGGAUGACUUGCAAAUUCAAUUUAUAUUAUUUUAAGUAAGGUACUUUAUUAGUUUUGGGGGACAUGGAUCAAGAAUUGUGGAAUAUUUAAGUUAUAUGUUAAAGAAUCCACAAGUAUUUUGUUGGAUCUACUUUACUGAAUUAAUUGAUAGUAUUAAGGAUGAUCAGAAAAUGCAAGAUAUAGUAUUGCAAUGGUAUUAUAAAAAAGAUAUAAUAGAAUUUUUGAAAUGUUAAUAUUUUAUAAAUAUAGCAAUUAAAUUGGAGAAGGAAAUAUCAAGUGCAGUAUUGGGAUUGAGUUAUGAGGCUGAUUUUACGACAUUUUCGAUGAUUAGCAUAUAUUUUGCAGAGAGAAAGAAGGAGUUCACAAGAGCGUUUAAUUUCUUUUUGACUUCGCAAAACAGAUUUGUAAGAAAUCUCGUGUUUGAUUGGGUGGAGAUGAGAAUGAAGGAAUUGCAAUAAUCAGAUCAGGACAAUUUCAAUCAAAUGAGAUCAGCCCUGAUUUUGAAGAUUAGUGAUUUGAUACAAAUCGAUUGGAAUAAAACUAGGAUCAUAUUCUCAAAUUACAAUAGUGAAUCAGAGAAGGUAGUAAUUGAGAAGUUAUCUUAAUUUCCAGAAUUACAAUUGCAAUACAUUGACAAUGUAAUUAAAAGAGAGAGAGAAUUGGGGAAUAAGGUAGAUUCCAACUUCCUCAUAAUCAACAUAUAAUUGUUGUGCCAAUUGAAUCCUGACAAAAUAAUUGAGGAAGUCUCACAGUAUGAUUAUCCCUUAGAAGAGAUAUUGGAACCUUGCAAAUAAUAUAAAAUACUGGCAGCCCAAGCGUAUAUUUUAGAGAAAAUGGGACGAAUAGUGGAAUCAGUUUCGAUAUCUUGUUAAAUAUUAAGAUAGAUUAUACAAAAGCAUAAAACUGAGUUGGAUUAGAACUAUAAACUAUCGAUGAGAUUAGGUGGAGGAGGAUCAGAUGAACAUCAUAAACUUGCCAAUUUAAAAAUAUUAUUUCCUAUGGGCAAAAAGAAAAAGAAGAAUGGUUAGGCUUAGGAAGAAAUUAAUAUUAUGAAGCCAUUUGAAGAUGCAAAGUUUGCAGCCACAAAUGAGAUAGUUAAUCAAAUUUAGAAAAUUGUGAAGAUUUGUAAGAAUGAUAAAUUCGAAAAGAAUGAAGAGAAAUGGUAUACUUUAUUAGAUCAACUAAUUGAUAUAAGAGACAAUUUAAUAUUUGAUAGUCCAUCUUAGAACUUUAUGAAGCAUAGUAUAUUCACCACUCAAAUCUGUCACAUCUUUGCAACAAUUGCAGAAGUAUCUAAUUUGGGAUCUCUUAUUUAUUAAUUAUCAAACAGGUAUAAUAAUUUAGAUUUGGGACAAUUGAAGAAGGCAUUCCAGGAGAUAAUUCAAAAUUAUCUGUACACUUAGCAUUUGUAAUCAAAUGUACAGUACCUGUUAAUGAAUGACAUUUACGAGAAAUUAACUGUCUACAUUCAGAAAUCGAAGAUUGGCAUUACUAGUAAUAGGAUUUGUUAUAAGAACAGAACUGAGUAGAGUUUGGAUGGGGAUUGCAAAGUUAGUAAUGAUGAUUUUGUAGUGUUUGAAUGCAAACAUAAUUAUCAUAAGAAGUGCGUUAUGAUGUAUCAGGGAGUGGCAUUUUGCAAUCUGUGUUUCAAGGUAGACCAAACAUACUCAUAUAAAUUGAUGAAUUCUAAGGUCUUGGAAGGUGCAACCAAUUUGGAAUAGGAUGAUAAUGAAUUAUUGAAGGAAGAGAUAGAGAAUGUGAACAAAUUCAAUAAUUCUUCGAGUCAGCAGAACAGUGAUGAUGUGAAAUUCAUACCUAAAGUGUCAGAAGAAACCAUGGAGAAGAGAAAAAAAAGAGUGAAUAAACUUUAUUACUUUGAUAGGAAGAGGAAUGACAAUUAUAAUAUCAUGGAGGAUACCAACAGAGACAUUGAUUAUUGUAAUAAGCAGAAUGAAAUGAAGAGGAAGAAACAAGAGAUGGAAGAGAAACAGUCGAAACUAAACAAAAAAAGAAAAUGA